AUGGGAUAUGAAGAUCUAAUUGACGAUUUAUUUGACAGAAUUAAUAAAAAUCAAGAUGGAAACAUUGAUAAAAAAGAAUUUCGUGAUUGGUUUUCAAAUUCUAAUAGUCAAUUUGAUCGAUAUCAACACAACUUUAGUUCUCACGAUGCUUUACAAUCGACGGCUGAUAAAUAUUCUUCAUAUGGAUAUAGAGCAGCAGCUGAUCGAUGGACUUUUGAUAUGGCGAUUCAUACAAUUUCUUUAGAGGAAACGAAUGAACAUCUUAGAAGAUCGAAUAGUGAUCUUUUUAUUGAUUCUAAUCCACGAAUCAUUCGACGAGGAGCAACUGAAGGUCCAGUAACACUAGAACAACGAGUUGUUGUUCGAUAUCUUCAACCACCACCUGUUCCAGAACCAGGACCUCUCAUUAUUAAAGAAGUGCGCCCAUCACAGCCACCGCCACCUCCAACAUUUGUUAUACGCGAACAUCCACGACCUCUUCCUUCACCACCUCCACUUAUCUUACGUGAACGACCACCAACACCACCGCCAUAUAUUCCCAGUGAAACAAAGAUUCGUAUCUUACCUCCUAUACCCGUUCCACCACGAUCAGUUGUUAUCGAACGUUUUCCACCUCCUCCAGAAAAGCCACGUGAUAUUAUAAUUGAACGAUGGAUUCCAUACGGACGUCAACCUGAACGUCGUACAAUUGUUGAACAUGCGUCUCCUGCUAUUGAUUAUCCACGACCAACUCAUAUUGUUCUUGUUUAUGACUCUGUUCCAACACGUAUAUAUCGACGAUUUGAAAAACGUGGUGUUACCCAAGAAAAUCCUGACGCAUAUGUUGCUCGUUACGGUUCAUCACUUUUAGAUCCAGCAACACUUGUUCAAGAAGCUCGACGUGCUGGUGUUAUUGAAGAUAUAACGCCUCCGGUAUCAUCAUCUUCAAUAUAUAAAACGAAAUACGGAACAGUUGUUGAUUAUGAUCAGUCAGACGAAAUAAUCCAGCAAAAUUUUUCAUCAUCACGUGUAAUUACUGAUGUUAAACGUGAUGGACUGACAUAUCAAGAGGAAUAUCAAUUACAUACUUAA